AUGAGUGGGUUGGUGGACGAGAGCGGCCUGCACCGAGCGCCUUCCUCCGGGGCCGGGAACUCGAACUCGGCGCUUUGGAGAGCCUCGGGCGGCGGAGCGCCCGGGGGUUCGCCGCCGGGCUUCGAAGGCGCGCCUCCCCAGGAUCGCCAGGACGGGAGCAGCAAUGGGAACCCGCGCCUCCCCCACCUCCCCUCGGCCGGGCAACAUCUCUACAGCGCCGCGCCGGCCCUCUCCCACACCGGAGUCGCCGAAUACCAGCCACCACCCUACUUCCCACCUCCCUACCAGCUGCUGACUUAUUCCCAGUCGGCAGACCCCUCCUCGCAUCUGGGAGAAGCGUACGCUGCCAUCAACCCCCUGCACCAGCCGGCGCCCGCGGGCAGUCAGCCGCAGGCCUGGCCCGGCCGCGGGAGCCAGGAGGCUGCCGGCUUGCCCUCGCACCACGGGCGCCCGGCCGGCCUGCUACCCCAUCUCUCCGGGCAGGACGGCGGCGCUAUGAGCGCCCGCAGGGAUGGCUUCCACCGCUCGGACCUGCUGCUGCCCCACGCGCGCGCCCUGGACGCAGCGGGGCGGGCGGAGAACCUGGGCCUUCCUGACCUGGGGCAACCGAUGGACGAGGUGCAGAUCGUGGAUGGGCAGCACCGGCUUCUGCAUGAUCAGACUGGGAUUCGCAAAGGUCCCAUUUCAAUGACCAAGAAUCCCUUGAGCCUCCCCUGUCAGAAGGAGCUGGUGGGGGCUGUGGUGAACCCCAGUGAGGUCUUCUGCUCCGUCCGCGGAAGAUUGUCCCUCCUGAACCGCACGUCGAAAUACACAGUGACAGUUGCCGAAGUCCAGAGGCGAUUGUCCCCGCCUGAGUGCUUAAAUGCCUCAUUCCUGGCAGGUGUUCUCAGAAGAGCCAAGUCUAAAAAUGGAGGCUGGUCCUUGCGGGUGAAGCUGGACAAGAUUGGGCUGAACCUUCCAGCGGGCAGACGGAAGGCUGCACACGUCACCCUCCUGACUUCCUUAGUAGAAGGUGAGGCCGUUCAUUUGGCUCGGGACUUCGCGCAUGUCUGUGAAGCUGAGUUUCCUAGUAAACCGGUGGCCGAGUACUUAACUAAACCUCAUCUUGGAGGACAGAAUGAGAUGGCAACGAGGAAGAACAUGCUGCUGGCCGCACAGCAAGUGUGUAAAGAAUUCACGGACCUUCUCCACCAAGACCGAACACCCAACGGGAACAACCGGCCGGCCCCGGUCUUAGAGGCGAACAUUCAGAACCACCUGUCUCACUUCAGCCUGAUGACCCACGGGUUUGGCAGCCAGGCCAUCUGUGCCGCCGUGUCUGCUAUGCAGAACUACAUAAAAGAGGCUUUGGUCAUCAUAGAGAAAUCCUACAUGAAUCCUGGGGACCAGAGUCCAGCCGAUUCCAGCAAGACCUCGGAGAAGAUGGAGAAGCAUCGGAAAUGCAACAGGUGGAAACAAAGGGAAGACGAGUCUGCAAGGGGAAAAAAAUCUCAAACCACGCUCACCGGCACAGAUGGGGAGACUCCUCGGCCUGGGGGGACAAGCUAA